AUUAUUGUCAAUUUGUAUGGUUUUUUAGGUCUUGGUAUUAGAUGAAGCAGACAGAUGCCUAGAUAUGGGCUUCGCUCAAACUAUGAAUGCAAUAAUAGCCAAUUUACCCCAAAAACGCCAAACAAUGCUGUUUUCUGCUACACAAACAAAAUCUGUAAAAGAUCUGGCCAGACUCAGUUUAAAGGAUCCAUGCUACAUAUCUGUACAUGACAACUGCAAGUAUACAACUCCAGUUGGUUUAGAACAAAGUUACAUGAUAUGCGAAUUAAAGGACAAAAUAGCUGUGAUUUGGAGUUUUAUCAAAAAUCAUUUGAAAAAGAAAGUAAUAAUCUUCUUCUCCAGUUGCAAGCAAGUGAAAUUUGUUUACGAAAUGUUUUGCAAAUUACAACCAGGUACAAGUGUUUUCGCUUUAUAUGGAAGUCUCCACCAACAACGCAGAAUAACAACGUAUGAAACAUUCUCUCAGAAAAAAUCUGCUGUUUUAAUAGCUACUGAUUUGGCAGCACGCGGAUUGGACUUUCCUGAAGUGCACUGGGUUGUACAUGCUGAUUGCCCUGAGGAUACAGACACUUACAUACACCGAACUGGUAGGACAGCGCGAUAUUUUCGAGGUGGUGAAAGCGUUUUACUUUUGUUAUCAUCGGAAAUAGCAAUGAUUGAAAAAUUGAAAGAGCGGAAAAUUCCACUCACAAAAAUUGAAGUGAAUCCGAUAAAACUACAAAAUCCGAUCAAGAAAAUGGAGGCAUUAUUAGUAAAAUUUGUCGCGCUAAAAGAAUCAGCUCAAAGAGCAUUUAAAAAUUACAUAAAAUAUGUAUAUUUAAUGAAAGACAAAAGUGUCUUUGAUGUACAUUCAUUAGACACAGAUUCAUUUGCACGAUCACUAGGUUUAGCUGUGACACCGAGAGUUAGAUUUUUACAACGUUUAAAUUUAAAAACACAACCUCAAAAACAAAUUGUGCAAAAUAAUAACGUGAGAAAUGCAGAUAGGGUAGAGCACAGCGAAAAUAGUGAUACGGAAGACAAUCAACACAAUAAGACAGAAGAGGUUGAUAGUGAUAGUGAUGAGGACAUACUGACUAUUAAAAGGAGAGACCACGAUAUUGAUAUACCAGUGGGACAAGAAUUGGAAGCACCUCAUGUUAAUACCUCAAAGAAGGUCACAACAAAAGUUGCACUAGCAAAAAAAAUUUUGCGUAAAAAUAUUGCUUCAAAUAAAAAACUUGUGUUCAACGAUGACGGUGAUGCAGUUGCCGUUGGCACUAAAGAGAAACGUUCUGAACUAGCGCAAGCUUACGAAAAUGAGGACGUGGGCGGUCUAGAUAUAGAAAAGGCUAAACUUGUUUUGAGAGAGGAAGAUAAAUAUGAUAAACAAUUAUUUAAAGAAAGGAUAAAAUUGAAGCAUAAGGAGCAGAAGAAAAAGUUAAAGGAAAAGAAAUUGAAAGAAAAAGAAGAGGCAGAACAAGAGCAGGAUGAUUUUGGAUCCGAGUCGGAAUCUGAGGCGCCAGAUCUGUCAUGGUUACCAGAUCCUGAUAAAAUUUAUGGAAAGAAAACUGAUUCUGAACUGGCAGAGUUUUAUGAAGAGCAUGAAAACAAAAAUCAAGUAGAGAAACAACGAUUUAAAAGGAAAACCUCCCGCACAGCAGAUGUUCCCAGUUCAAAGAAGAAAAAGAAAGCGCUUAAACAAACUAAAUCGUUAUCUGUUAAUGAAGCCGAAGAGUUAGCAAUGUUGCUUCUACAGAAUAAAUCUUAGGUAUUUAGUUAAAUUGUUUAUUAAAAAAAGUUUUCCUGCAAUUACUGUAUAAAAACGUUACAAAAAAUAUAAUUGCACAGUUAACAAUUUA